AGACCUUACGUGUCACUUAUUUGUUGGCCCAAACCAACUGAUUAUUUUUCUUCUUCCUCUCCAUCUCUCUGUCUCUUUCUCUAGAUCAAAGCCGAAUUGGCAAUGGAAGAUGGAAUCAAAGGAUAUGGAAUUAGAGGACAAUCGGGUCGGAGGAGAUGCGACGGAGAUUGAAUCGGUGGAGGCUAAUCGAGUCCGAGAUUGUAUCGGAGGAGAUCAAACCCUUAUAUAAAGAUCUCUGUUUUUCAAACAGAUCAUCGGAACAAAAUGUCAUCGCCAUGAUCCGACAAAGAGAGAAAGACUUUUGUAUAUAUGGCUAAGCUCUCCGAGCAACCUGAGCGAUACGACGAGAUGGUGGAGACGAUGAAGAAAGUGGCGAGAGUGAACAGCGAGCUGACGGUGGAAGAGAGGAAUCUGUUGUCGGUUGGUUACAUGGUACAAAAGAUUAAUGGACACAUAAUCAAGGCGAGAAGAGCUUCGUGGAGGAUAAUGUCGUCGAUCAAGCAGAAUGAAGAGUGCAAAGGCAAUGAAUCGAAUGUGAAACACAUCAAGGGUUAUCGCCAAAAGGUAGAAGACGAGCUCGCAAACAUUUCUCAAGACAUUCUCAAACCUCACUGAUCAGCAUCUAAGUCCAAACUAAUCAAAGACAGAUUCAUAAGUAAUGUAACAAAGAAAGAGAUUUUGAACAAACGACCAAACUAACUCACGUUUGAGUCUGACCAUGCUAAGUCCAAGACAUCUCCGGUAUGACCAUAAAAUUCUUGAAACGGUGUUUCUUCUACAUGAAAAGCUUUCUGAGGGAACAAAACCAAUGCUUCUUGUUGGCUUAUUGGUUCAUGUUGUCGCAUAAAAGAGGCGAGUAGAGAAUCCGAUAGCGUGAUUCGCCAUAUCUUUACAACUCCAUCUUCACCUCCUGUUGCUAAGUAUUUACCAUCAGGACUAAACUUCAAUACCCAAAUUUUUCCUAUGUGUCCAUCAAUUUUUUGUACCAUGUAAGUUGCAGAUAAUUCUACAUGACUCUUCUUAUUAGUCUUCACCUUCACUUUGCUCAUCAUCUGAGAUUAUGUAAGAAGAGAAAAGACUCUGAAAUAUCAUCAUCUGUUUUGUUUUGUCUCUUAACUGCAGAAACUUAUGUUUGUUCUAUAGGGACAUCUGUUUUGUUUGGUCUCUUAACUGUUAUGUUUGUUCUUUGUCCUACA